AUGGAAUACAGUCAUGCGUUUCUCCCAACUAUGUCCUCUUAGUACAUAUUCCCAGUGAAAAAUUAGAUUUUGUGAACAAAUUGUAGAAACAUUGAUACAUUUUAUAUUCAAGACCAAGUGUUAACUCUUUAGAUUAAUUUUAUCUGGACGGCAACUCUGGUAAAAUCAAAUGUGUUGUCUUGUUAGUUGUUGGCAUUUUUGUACUAAUUUUUCGAGUUGUAUAAGCCGGUCGUCUUGGUCUCUAAGAAAAUAAAAAAGUUUUCGCAGCGACAGUACACACGUUCUUUUCCCGAUGAGUAAGAAGAAAUAUAAUUAAAAAAGAAAUAAAUAAACGGCAAAUAUAUUUGAUUCCAUAUCUCGGCAUUUGGCCAUUUGUUCGCUUAAAAAAACAUACCGAACAAUUUGUUUAUUUCAACUCAGUGGUGUUUUUGCUUGAAUUACAAAAAUAAAGAAAAAUUGAUUUUCCUUGUAAAAACAAAAACAAGUUAAAAAUAUGGCUAAUCUUGUGUGGAGUAUUAAAAAUGGCGAACUAGACCGAGUUCAAGAAGACAUCGAAAUCAAACAAAUUGAUGUUAAUAGUGAAAUAAACGGUAGAUAUCCCUUGCACUAUGCAGCGGAUUUUGGACAAGUUGAGGUGCUGUCGUAUUUAAUUGAGAAGGGGGCGAAAGUCGAUGUGGCUGAUAAACACGGAAUCACACCAGUACUUGCUGCUAUAUGGGAGGGACACACCAAAUGUGUUCAAAUGUUGCUUGAAAAGGGAGCAUCAAAGGCAGGCGCAACUCCAGAUGGCAUUCCAUACCUUGAAGCAGCGGAAAAAGAUGACAUAAAAGCACUUCUAAAAUAAACAAACAACAAAAUUCCAUUCUAUUCUUAAAAGAAAACACAAUAUUUUGUGUCACAACUGAAUGCAAGAAAAGAAUAGUUCAAAACCACGUGCAUGUGCAACAUUUGAAAAGAAACAUACACAAAUAUAAUUAAUUUGUGCCUGUGUUUUAAAGGAAAACUAUACCAAUAUAUACGUAGAACGGUACGUCAAAGCAAGAAAUGCAUUUUUAUUUAUCAACAUUUAUUAUAUAUUUAUUCACCUGAUCCAUCGUAAACAAAAAGUCAACUAAUAAUAUUAUGUUUCGUAUUAUAUAGAAAAAAAAAAAAACAAAUUAGUAUACAUACAAAUACUCAUGAGUUUUAUUUAAAUUUAUUCUUAUUAUUUACUUAAAAUUAAAUAUAUUUAGGUUGCAAAUGUCUGUCAAUGAACUGAAAGCUAACUCAUUUAUUUAUUUUACCUACAAAAAAAAAAGAAGUUUAGUUAAAAAAACGCAAUAAAAUAAUACAGACAAAACAAAAGAAAAAAAAUUACGAGCAUUAUGUAUUUAAUUCUUAUUUGUUUGUCAAGACAAGUCUCGAAAUGUUGUAUAUUUCAUAAUUCGUUUUCAUUCUGAAAUUACCAAAAAUAAAUUGAAGAAAAAUACAAAAAGUAUUUUUUCCUAACCAAUGAAUAUAUUUAUAAUGAAGGAAAAACAAAAUUUGUUUAGUAAAAAUCAUUAAAAAUGGAACAAAAUCACACGACAAGUCAUUGCAAUGAAAAAGUAAUAAUUUAAUAGUAAUAGCGUAAAAAUAACGAUUUAUUGCAUUUAUUUUUAUAUAAUACCAGAGAAAUAAAAACACAAACUAACAUAA